AAUGCGAAGGAAACCUGUUCAUUCAUUGCUCGCUACACUUAUUUAUUUAGUUGAUUCAUUAUUGCUGUAGUUGCUGCUGCUGCUGCUUCCUCGUCCUUAAACGCUAUAACUUUUGGCAAAGAAUAUUCUUGCUGUGAGUGUACGUACGUAUAAUAAUAAUAUCCCCAUCGGACUCAUCUUAUGAAUAAUCUAUUAUCUUAAAUCAUUAAUUCAUGGAAUGGGGUGGAUAAAAAGCUGGUCAAUACAUACGUAGAAGAGCAUGCAUAUUUCGGUGCUUCAUAAAUUAUAAGUCAUUAGUGGGGUGUGUAUAUGUAGACUGUAAUGAGUUGGGUAAAGUCAAUCAAUUUCUCAUUGCCUGAAUUUUUCAAACAGAAGCCAAGCCAACGGACACGGACUUUUUUUCAAUUUCCUUGAACAUGUACUAAAUAUGGACUCUACUUCGUACAGUUCAUAUUCAAGAAUCCCAGUUUGUAAUUUACUUUUUGCUACGCAUUUUGCACUGUGGAUUCUUGGGAGAGAAUAACUUGACCGAACAGAAGACGAGACGAUACGAGACAUCAUAUCCUGUCCAGCAGUAUUACUUGGAGAAGACGGAUUGAAACAACUAUUCAUUUGCGAUAGACAUUUAUGCACAUGGAGCGACAGGAAAAAGUUUUGCCUUUUGGAACGCCAAAACAUUUGUCUACUUUGCUCAGAUUGUACAUCUAUGCUCUGCAUGGGUAUUUCAUUGAAGUCAGUUUUACCGCAAUUUGGGAUUUUUUUCUAACUACAAAAAGUUGGAAGCUGGCAGGAUGCUCCAGUUUGUGGUCUCUCUUGAUUUACGGCACGUGUGGAUUAGCGUUGGAAAAGAUGAGCUACUUUCUCCAUCGUAAGGAGAUCUCGAUAGCGUUCCGAUCAAUUGCGUACCUGCUCACCGUCUACUUUUGGGAGUUCACUUCUGGCUACAUUCUGACCUAUUUUAAUGCUUGUCCAUGGGACUACUCGGAAUUCAGCUACAAUAUCGGAGGACUGGUGACUCUGGAAUAUGCGCCAUUCUGGCUCAUUGCUGGUUUGGCCACGGAGCGAAUCAUCUUGGGGAAACUGGAGCACAUCCGGUGGUCCGACGACAGUCCAGACUCACGCGUAAAGAUAUCUACGUCAAUGUCUUCAAACGGAGCAAGCCGAGGGAAAGCCAAGCACAAAAGACAAAGUUAGAUUAUUGUUGCUGACAAUCAUACUCGUUCUCAUUACAAACAAAUUCCAGAUCUUCUCAACAUUUCCAUUAUUGCAAUAUUAGAAAGAUACUUGAGACGAUUUUUUAAGUAUUCCACUUUGUAGAUAAAUAUACAACGCUCGCAGGAAUUUAUAUAUAUUUUUUAAAUAGUUUGUUUCAAGUGGGAGAAAUUUAACGAAACUCAAAUGAAGUGUUCGGCCUCGUAACGCUCCAUUAUAUCUAAUCUCAGGUCGCAUGCUGAGAAAAGGAAAGUGAAGGAGAGUUUUAGAAUAAUUUAUGCAUACAUACAUCGACAAAUUUAAUAAUGUGAAUUCUAUUUUUUUCACACAUGAAAAUGGUGUUUUUGUUCCCGCAUUAUGUCGAAUGUGAAUGCCAAGUAAACAAUAGUAUUAUUAAUUUCGAAAACCUACAGUAAACGUGCUUCAUGGAAAGCCAUGCAGCAAAAGUUCAAAGUAUACCAAGUCAUUAAUAUCAUUUAUGUACAUAUAUGUGAAAUGUAAUGAAUAUAUGUACACACUACAUAUUUAUGUUAUUGAUAAUUACAUGAAGCAAUAAUAAAACUAGAAGACUCCACUUAUUAGCAACAGCUCAAAAUUGAAA